AUGGGUUUCAGAUCCCGUGCCGUAAGAGGCAACUGUGGCGAUAUAGCAUCUACGCUGAUGCCAUCCCCCAGGUCUCUGCAGCAAGCGGAACCAACCAGAACGAGAAGAAAGUCGACUAACAUCACCGUACCCAUACAUCUCUGGAACCAACCAUUGCUUUCACCUGGAGAAGGCAUAUCUACAGGAAUGUUCCACGUUGGCUCAGCAACUCUAGCGUCGAAGCAGCAAUCAACGAAAACUACACGAAGUCCUUCCCCAGUGCCGAUCGCAGUCGGUGUUUUUGAACAUGAUAGUGUAGUUUGUACGACAGCGGUUGGCACUGUGGGGCUGGACCUAUCUCAGAUCCGGUUGGCAACACUGUUCUUGCUGAACCUUGGCACCAACCGCUGCUUUCACCCGGAGAAGGCACAUCGACAAGACUAUACCACAACGAAUCAGCAACCCGAUCGUCGAAGAAGCAAUCCACUAAAACUACACAAAGUCUUUCCCCAGUGCCGGUCGCUGUCGUACCAGAGUACCGAUCGUUCCGUGGAUAUCAGCACACGCAACGUGCCAGCUGGACAUCGAAGGUCUAUUUCGUCUUUAUCAUCGUCUUCGUCAACGACUUCCGCCAGACGAGAUAGUAGAUGUUUCGCACUUCAGUGGAACAUUCGGGGGCUGCGAACCAAUGUCAGCGAGCUUAAACAGCUCAUCACUGAAUACGAACCGAGCCUAAUAGCACUACAGGAAACCAAAGUGGACAAUCGAGUGAUCCCAGCCGACUUCAUUGGCAAGAACUAUACUCUGUUGCUUCAGACUGGUAGCUGUCGACACUGGCAACACGGAGUGGGCCUGGCCAUUAGGGAUGGAGUGCCCUUUGAGCGGAUUGACGUCGAUAAGGAUAUCCAAGCGAUCGCAGUUCGGGUUCAACUACCACAGCAAAUGACGGUGGUAUCAAUAUACAUUCCUCCCAGUACCCAACAGUGCCAAGAAAAACUAUGUGACCUCCUCGAACAGCUCCCACGUCCUAUGUUAGUGCUAGGUGACUUCAAUGCUCAUCACAUAUGCUGGGGAUCCAACAAAUCGUCCGCACUAGGUCAAUUCAUCGCAGAAAAAACGUUGGAAGAACACCUAGUUAUACUUAACAAUGGGUCGCAUACACGAGUCGACCCAGCCACCGGUGCUACUUCAGCUAUCGACCUGUCAAUCUGCUCCGUUACUGUGGCCUCGAAAUUCACCUGGCGAACGCUUCCAGAUACCUAUAACAGUGACCACCUGCCAAUAACCGUUUCCAUCCCCGGGUUCUCACAUGUUCCAACAAAAAGGCGACAAUGGAUUUAUGACCAAGCGGACUGGACAGCUUACGAACGAUUGACCGCCAACGCCAUACAACCGGGCGUCGAAAUGUCAAUCGACCGUUUUGUCGAUCAUUUGAUCACUGCAGCAAACACUGCAAUACCCAGAAGCAGCGGAAAGGUCGGACCUAAGGCAGUUCCUUGGUGGUGUCCGGAGGUAAAAGCAGCCAUAAAAAGUCGAAGAAAAGCACUCAGAGCAUUGAAGCGUAUCGAAAUGGAGGACCCACGAAAACCUGAAGCACUGAAAAGCUUUCAGGAAGCGCGGGCAGCAACAAGAAAAUCAAUCCGUGAUGCCAAACAACGAUCGUGGGAGGAAUUCGUCGCGAAAAUAUCCCCAAACUCCACUGCAUCGGAAAUGUGGCAGACAGUGAACGCAUUAAGAGGAAAACGUCAGCAUCGCCCAGCCGUCAUUAAACGUUCAGCUGGCUACACGGAUAAUGCAGAAGAAGUGGCUGAAGAACUAGCAGAGCAUUACAGCGCAAUAUCGGCAACAUCCAGCUACCCUCCUUCGUUUCAAAUUGAGAAGGAAAAGGCCGAACGAAACCGUUUCAACUUUUCACCCGAGACCGACGGCAUCUAUAACUCCGACUUCACUUUGAAUGAGCUUGUAUGGGCGCUCGACAGAGGACGAAGUAAUUCUACAGGUCCGGAUUCAGUCGGCUAUCCAAUGCUACAACGACUACCAUUGUCGGUGAAAACUGCUUUAUUGGAGCUUUUCAACAGGGUUUGGCGCAGUGGCGUAUUUCCAUCCUGUUGGCGAACUGGAAUUAUUGUGCCAAUCCCAAAGCCGAAUUCGAGCGACACAGGUCCAUCUGCUUUCCGACCGAUCACGUUAACGAGCUGUAUGGCGAAGGUAUUCGAGCGGAUGGUGAAUCGACGGUUAACUACCGAGCUUGAAUCGAACGGGCGGCUAGACACUCGACAACAUGCCUUCAGAUCCGGCCGAGAGCGAACGUUCCAGGUAAACGUCGAUGGGCAUUUAUCGCGCAAGCUGCCGCUGGAAAAUGGUGUACCACAGGGUUCUGUGCUCUCAGUUACCCUAUUCCUCGUAGCAAUCCAACCUAUCUUCCGGGUGGUUCCGAAUACCGUGACAGUGCUAUUGUACGCCGAUGACAUCCUUCUUGUAGUGCGGGGCAAAAAAGAACAACCACUCUAUCGGAAACUACAGUCAGCAGUUAAAGCCGUUCAUAGAUGGACGAAAAGUGUUGGAUUCACGAUAUCAGCAACAAAAUCCAGCAUCUUUUACUGUAGCCCGAAUGCCCGCCGUGAGCCCACGCAAUCCAUCAGGAUAGAUACAGUAGCUAUACCAUCACAAAAUCAACUGAAAACCCUCGGUAUCACUCUCGACAGAUCGCUGAACUUCAAAGCGCAUUGCAAGCUAACGAAGAAGGCAUGUGAAUCCAGGCUGCGUAUCCUGAAAAUGAUCGGAGCAAAGCUACCACGUGGUCAACGGACUUCUUUGUUACAAAUCGGCUCCGCCAUUGUCACUUCGCGACUAUUGUAUGGGAUGGGACUCGUUAGUCGAGGCGGAGAUGUCGUCACCAAAACUCUCGCGCCCGCCUACAACAGAAUGGUAAGAUUUGCAUCUGGUGCAUUCGUUACAAGUCCGAUCUUAGCCAUCAUGGCCGAAGCAGGCACCUUACCAUUUGAUCUCCUCGUUCUCCAAAGCAUAACCCGAUUGUCCAUCCGUUUGUUGGAAAAAAGCAGAGAUAAUGCGGAUCUCCCACUAGUACGUCGAGCUUCCGAAGAACUGUCAGAGGUGAUCGGAAUGCCCUUACCAAAUAUUUGUACUCGAACGCGACUAGCCACCCGAAAGUGGUACGAGCCCAAGCCCCACGUCGUGUGGGAUAUCAAAAGAAGUGUGAAUGCCGGAGAUCCCUCUGAGGUGGUCUGUCCUGUCGUUCAGGAGCUCCUGAAUUCUCGCUUCAGCAACUCAACGGUUGUGUAUACUGACGGAUCGAAAGACAACGACGCAGUAGGCGCGGGAAUGUUUGGACAACAUCUCCAGCAGUCGACUGGUCUUCCGCCACAGUGCAGCGUGUUCUCAGCCGAGGCGUUUGCAAUUAAAACAGCGGUAACUUCGUACUACACUUCCAACGAUCUGCUAAUAAUGACAGACUCAGCCAGUUGUUUAUCGGCAAUUGAAGCUGGCACGUCCCAGCAUCCGUGGAUCCAGGAGAUUGAAACCAUGAUACGACAUCGUCCAAUCAAUCUGUGCUGGAUUCCAGGACACGCUGGAAUUCGCGGGAAUGAAGAGGCAGACCGCCUCGCAGGAGAAGCCAGGGGUAAUGCCCCUUUGCAAAUAGCCAUUCCGGGAGCAGACGCCAACAAUCAGGCAAAAUCAGCUAUCCGAAAUCACUGGUACCGUCGAUGGUCUGCAUCCACUGAAGUGAAGCUUCGCGAAAUAAAAUUCGAUACGGUAAAGUGGACUGACCGCGAGAGUUCGGCUGAUCAACGAGUGCUCACCCGGUUGCGAAUAGGGCAUACCCGAUUGACGCACGACUUCCUUUUGAAGAGAGAAACCCCACCAGUUUGCGACUGCUGCGGGGUAACCGUAGAUGUACGUCAUAUAAUUCUUCAGUGCCGAAAACACGACGAUGCUAGAAGGAUGCACAACAUCGAUUCGACCAGCCUGCGAGUGGCUCUAGGCAACGACGGGGACACCGAAGACAAACUGCUAAGCUUCCUCAAGGAAACUAAUUUGUACAAACGAAUAUAA